CAGAGUUACAAAUCGGUAGCCUAUUGGUUUGAGGACGCUGUUGUAAGAUGGCGCCCAGCGGAAUAUGAGUCGGGUGGGAAAAAAAGGAAAAACUACAGCUAACGGAAAAAAGCAACCCAUUAGGAAGCUGCUAAAAACACCAACAGUAUUGCGCUGUCCAGCUUAUUGGAGGAAAACCGUUGUGGACGACUUAAACUUCGAGCUGUUAGAGACAGGUUUCCAUCUCAUCUAAGGGAUAACACUCUGCAGCUAUGAAUAAUGCCAUGGAUAGCAGCAGCUCAUAUGAGGAGCUAGUGAGACAGAAAGCUCGGAGCAUUCCUCAACAUCGUAUGAAGGAAUUCCUGGAGUCCUUGGCCAGUAAAGGUCCUGAUGCUUUGCAGGAGUUCAGCCAACAAAGUGGAGACACUACAACCACCACUACCACUAUGGUUUACCAACAAGAGACCAACUGCAUCUAUACAGACAGUACAGAAGUGGCUGGGUCGCUGUUGGAGCUGGCAUGUCCGGUUCAGGUGCAGGUCCAGCCACAGCAGCAGCAGAUGCAGGACUCUGCAUCACAACAGACUGUCCAACAGAAUGCAGAACAACAGAUUGUGCAGGUGCAAAUUCAAGGCCAGCAACAGGGUCAGAUGCUUGGCCAGGUACUCCAGGUGCCCGCUGGUUCCCAUCAGCAGCUGCAGGGCAUUACCACUGCACAGCUGAUUCAGCCUGGGGAACUGACAGAGGAACAGCAGCAACAGCUGCAAGCCCAGCUGGUGGCAGCUGUGGCAGGUGGGCAGCAGAUCCAGAUCCAGACGGUGGGGGCCCUGUCGCCCACUCAGCAGCAGGACGGUGUGGAGCGGAGGGUGAUGGGAACCGCGGUUGCUACAUCCCAAGCACCAGGGGUCCUGCAGCCAGCUAAAAAGCGUAAGGUGGACAUGCCCAUCACUGUGUCUUAUGCCCUGCCUGGUCAGCAGGUAGCCACAGUGUUGGCAAUCCCACAGGGUCAGGGGCAGCAGCAGAGCUACGUGUCACUGCGGCCAGACCUCCUAACUGUAGACAGUUCCCACCUUUACAGCGCUACUGGUACGAUCACCAGUCCCACAGGUGAAACCUGGACCAUUCCUGUGUACUCUGCUCCUGCUGGGUCUGGGGGCCGUGAGCAGGUCACACACAUUGCCAUCCCCCAGGAAGCUUACGGGACGGUGCAGGUGGCAGGGACAAACACUACAACAUUGACCACAAUGCCGACCCAGGUCACCAUCGAAAGCGAUAAACUAAAAAGCCCUACUAGUCAAAGUCAGACUGUGCAGGCGGUUUCCAGCAUAACGAGCUCCACUGGGAUGAGCAACCAAGAGGAAGUGGUUCACACGCUGGCCGCAAACACGCUCUUUCCCGCCCAGCUGAUGAACGGAAACAUCCACAUUCCCGUGGCUGUGCAGGGCUACUCCAACGCCACACAAUCCAUUAUCUGGGACCCCCAGCAGCAGGUGCUGCACACACAGGGACUGACAGGGCAGGAUGGACAGCCGCUACAGGGUCAGACGGUGGUCGCAGAAGUAGAUGGUCAAGGUCAGCAGCAAGUGCAGGUGCAGGAGCUGCUGCUGCCCGCGACCCUGAAGCCAGAGGAGGGGCUGGACGUGUGGCGGCUCUGGGCUCAGAGGAAAAAUGCAGAGCUGGACAAAUCGGAUCAGAACAAACUUGCUCCAAUAGGCCGACGCCAGGCGCUCCGUUUCCAGGAGGAUCUGGUGUCGUGUGCCGUGGCUGAGCUCUGCAUGGGUCUGUCUCUGAUGACAGCAGAGGCUCGGGGGCUUGAAGGAGAAUCAUACGAGGCGGAUGUUCUUUAUUAUGUAUUUCUCUGCAUACAAAAGUAUCUGUUUGAUAACGGUCGAGUUGACGACAUUUUCUCAGAUCAGUACUAUACUCGUUUUGCUCAUUGUCUUCAUCUAAUCUUGGACCCCUGGAGGCCGUCAGUUCAUCCUCUAGGGUAUGUUAUUCCCAGUCAUGUAACAGAGGAGAUGCUGUGGGAGUGUAAACAGCUGGGAGCUCAUUCUCCAUCAACACUGCUCACAACUCUCAUGUUCUUCAACACAAAAUAUUUCCACCUAAAAACAGUGGAUCAGCAUCUAAAAUUGGCUUUUUCAAAGGUGUUGAGACACACCAGGAAGAGUCCCAACAAUCCCAAAGACAAAAGCACCAGCAUACGGUACCUAAAGUCAGCGGAGAGGUUCAUAGGACAGAAAGUGACAGAUGACAUGUACUCGGAACAGCUGGAGGACCCUGAGAACCCACUGCGCUGCCCUAUCAAGCUCUAUGAUUUCUACCUCUUCAAAUGUCCUCAGAGUGCUAAAGGCCGUAACGACACCUUCUACCUGACCCCGGAGCCGGUGGUGGCUCCAAACAGCCCCAUUUGGUACUCAACACAACCAAUCCCCCGGGAGCACCUGGAGCAGAUGCUCGCCCGAAUCCUUGUUGUCCGUGAAAUCCAGGAAGCGCUUAACAUGUCGGAGAGCGUGAACUAGGACUUGAAAGAGAAGUAAAAACAGAAGGGACUCCUCCUGUUUUUAUCAGCCAGCCUUUGAUAGCUCGUCAUGAGUAGUUUGCUCUUCUCACUCUCCUCAUUUUCUUUUCUUUUGGGGUGGCAUGUAUCUGUUUAUAUCACAUGCCGGCCUACCUUGGACAUGAACUGUAAAUACACUUAAAAAAUCAAUAUAUAGGGAGAUUUGUCUCAUCAAGACAGUCCCCCUUUUUGUCUUCGUUAUGGCCAAAGGAUGUAGAGUCUAAUAAUCUUUUAGUGGACCUAAACGCUAAUUUAAAAGUUAUUUUAUCUGUUGGUUCACUUCACCAACAGUCUGAUAUAAAUGUUAAUUUUCUUACCUGUUUUAAUCUGUAAUAUAUUUCCAAUUGUCACCAUGGUUGGCCUACACUAUGCUGCUUUUCCUUUUCCUAUUUGUUGUUUUAUUUUUUUGUCUGCCUUGGUCACUGUUGAGUCUCAGUGAAUAUCUGAAUUAAAAAAAGACAAACUAGGUAUGGAAAAAGUCUUUUAAGUUAUAUACAUUUUCUUUUCUGAUAUCAUUUUGUUUGUGUUGAGCCUACUUAUUUGGAGAUGCUGAGCUUUUGAGGUUGCCUGCUUAAGAGCACCCUCUGUUGGAUCUUGGUGGUAUUAAAUCACAUUAGUACUUAAAUCCUCCAUGGAUUUGACUGCAACAGGCUGGCACCGCCUAAUCUGCAGCUAAUAGCACUUGCCACAGGGUGAAGGUGUGGCAAAGGCAGGACUUGGACGCUGACGUCUGCUGAAUCCUUUAUCUCUUGAGGACAUUAAACACAAAGACUAAAGAGGGAUCUAAUGUAUCAUGUCUACUGUACUCCAUAAAAGACUUAAAGUGGGUCAGCCCUACAUGUUCUAUAAUGUAUAGUACCAGUAGUUUCUCCAUGAACUGUAAUGGGAUUCAGUCAUUUAAGGAGAAUGGCAGUGCCUGUGUGUUUUUCAAACAUGACCGUUUUUGUACAGCCA